AAUCUUAGGAUAUGUUCUGUGAAGGGAAGUACUCUUAGAUCUAAAAUAGCUGGUUUGUAGGACUUGUAGGAGUACUACUUGUUCAUAAACAUAUAUGAUGUGCUAGCUUAGUAAUAAACUUGAUUCAUAAAGAGCGGAGCAAACAAAUUGUUAACAUUACAAUAAAUUAGAAACUCGCGAAAAUACACCUUUAUACGAAGGUGAUUCAUCUUUUGACAUUGAUAGAUUUCAGAUAAACUUUAUUAUGAUGCAGUUGAAGUAGAUUAGUGAAAUAAAAGAAAGGUAUAUUUGAUGGUAACAGAAUGUAUUAUUCUAUUGUUUCCAAGUGAAAUUCUGUUCGUAUAUCUCAAUGCUCUUGAAUAAGAUAUCAUAGUUUCUUGAGAAUGAGUGAAAAAACACCCAAAGCUCUAUCAGGGGCGGGGGCAUCGGCUCCAAAUAAAAUGAGACUUUAUGCUACAUGGGUUGAUAGAACUCCUGCCAAUUGUAUCCCAAGGCUUUGUUCCCUUACUUUGACGAGACUAGUCAUUUUAAAACCAUUAGGAUCAGACUCAGGAACUGUAUCUAUAGCUGUUAAAAUGCAAUCUAGUAAAAGAACAUUAAGGUCGAAUGAGUUAGUUUUGACACAAGGAGGAUUAUUAGACACACCUUUAGAUGUCACUUUUUGUCUACAAUAUCCUCACUUUUUGAAAAGAGAAGGUAAUAAACUACACAUUCUACUUCAAAGGAGGAAACGAUAUAAAAACAGGACAAUGUUAGGAUUUAAAACACUUGCUGAAGGAGUUAUUAGAAUGGACCAGGUUCUUCAAAAGCAAAUGGACGUCGAUAUAGAACUUUUGCCAGAGAGUAAUACCAAGGACAAAGGUGCUGGUCCCAUAGCGAAAUUAACAGUUUUACAAUUAAGUUCUACGCCUGUAGAUCAUGAACACAAAAUUAGAGAUCAUGACUUCAGCGACGACGACGACGAAAUUAGCUCAGGAGAAGAGGAGGCGGCCGAUUUAUCCGAUAGUGAACCUAUUAGAAAAUUGCCGCAUACUAGACAUAACCUCAAACAAAGAUUUGUUUCAUUGUUAAGAAGAUUCAGAGUUCCAGAUACUGAAGGGGGACGAGUUCGAGAUUGCCUGGACAAUCCUAGUGAUAUACAGGCACUAUUUCAAGAACUGGAAUCUCUAAGUUGUGAUGAUGAUUCUGGUGGAGAACAAGAUACAAUGUCCAUCUCGAGUACACCAAAACCAAGCUUACGUCCAUUUUUUAGUAGUAGUCGAAGUCUUCUAGGUAGUAGUAAUGUACCUUUAGUGGAACCUGAAAAGAUUGAAGAUAAGACUUGUUCAGGUUCUGAUGGAAACGCCGAUAUAUGUUACACGGAUCCCGAAGGUCAAAGCGAUCCCCAGACGGGUUCGCCUCCUCGUGAUCAUACGGCAAGUUACAGAAAACAGACUGGCGAUAAUGAUUUCAGUAAUAUAAUGCAGGAACUUAGCGAACGCAAAUCGAAAUUAUUUAGAUCGUCAACGUCGUCGGCAAAAAAGAAAAAUUCUCUUAGUGUCAGCUCCGAACCGCCAGAAACGCCUACUCCUCGAAAAGCAUUUUUGGAUACAGUAACAAAAUUACUAUCUUGUGAAGAAAAUGUGCUUCCCGAAUGCGUUGUAUUUUUGACUGGUUCUGAUAGUAUAACAAUACCUUUAGUAGUUAGAUUUGGAAAUCAGUUUAAAGUUUUCCAACCUGUCUCUGCUGUAGAAACUAAGGCUGUGCUUACUGCAAUUUUCACUAAAAUUCACAAAUACUGCAACAGUUGCGCCAAACCAGGCAACUUCGUAAAAUUGCUCCUUAUAGGUGGCGAUAUGCUAAUAGGUUGGUUUGUCCGACCUUAUGUUGAAUUGUUAUCCAGCAAACCACCAGAAUGGUUAUAUUUCACCCGCGUGUACAUAGUUCCUGUAGGAAGCUGCAGCAUAUCCCGUCAUUUAGCCACUCUUGAUCCAGGAUAUCAAUCGUUGUUUCCCAGUGAUAAGGAACUCAACUUAGAAGAAUUAACACAGAGACUGCAUAGGUACUUAUCCGUGCCUUCAACAGCUCCGGUUGCUCACAUUCCCAUCGCUGAAGCAAUGCUAACUUGUCACGAUGAAAAUAGUCAAUUGUUUAUUCCUUUCGUUAGUGAGGUAAGGGUAGGUCCUGCCGAUCAACUCCAGUCGGUGUCCGUGGAUUUGGAGGAUUUGAUAUGCAACAGCACUCAAACGCCAUCUCUAACUCCACCUUCGUCACCUAACGUUCAAGUCCGUGAUUCUCCAUGGGAACCUCUCGAAUUACAAGUAGAUUAUUGGCAAUUGCCGAAGUUCAGCGAAACUAUCAUUAAGACUGAUAAAGAGAAAACCAAAAUUGACGGAAAAAUUUCUUUAAAAGCCAUUUUCAGAGGCUUGCAAGCGUCUCCUACGUCGAUGUCUGGGUUAACACUUAACAUGCAUUUGACAAAUAAAGAAAAAAAGCAAAAAAUUAUGAGAUUGGGAAAAAAGAAAGAAAAGGAGAAGGAACUAGAACCGCGCAGUCAAAAUGUUGAAGGAAUUUCAAGACUGAUUUGUUCGGCACGUACAUCUCAUAAUACUCCAAUGAAAGUUUAUAUAGACGGGGUCGAGUUUGGUGGUGUGAAGUUCUUCCAGCUCAGUUCAACAUGGCAAACACAUGUCAAAGGUUUGACAGUGGCGCUAGCUGGUGUGCCUUUGGCGAGUGCCGAAUUACAUUGACUGUCCUCCCACAUCAUAUCUUUCGAUUGAAAAAAUGAAAUACAUAUAGAGUACGAGGAUGUAAUUUUGGGUAUAUACAAGUUUUUUUGGCCUCUUAAAAAUCUAUGUAUAGACAAAGUUACGAUAUCGUACGGUAUCUACUUUUUUGUAUGUUUUUGCUUUUCUAAAUAAAUGAUAUUUAACAAAUGUAAAGUGAAAACGAUUGCAAAAAAAGUCUUUGUCGCUUCUAGUCACUAUACGGGGUUCACCCAAAGAUUUCUUUAUGACGUGUGGCCUAGAGAAUGCAAUUCUGGUAGCAAAAUAGAAGGCUAAUCUUGGAAUAUUUCACAAGGUUACGACUUAGGAAACUGAAAAUUAUAUUGAUUUGUUAUUUUAUAUAACUACGUUCCACUCGUACUGUGAAAAAGAAAACAAGCUCUAGAUUAUUUAUUGAAAAGUUCGAUUUUCAAGAAAAUAUAGCAUGUCUAGCUUAUCGGUCUUUAUCAACAUAUUUGGAAUAUUCUUACCUGUUUCACAAACUAAUUUUCACUCAGAAGAGAAAAAAAACAAGAUGAUUUAUAGAAACAUAUAAAAGGGUUUAAGAAAUAAGAAGUUAACAACAACCAAAACUUCAUGUCCCUUUUCGUUUGUAAUUCCUUGUCGGUUGACUUCAGUCUCAGAUUCUUUUAGAUAUGUAUAAAAAGGACAUUUUUUUCUCACAGAUAUUAUCUAUUAUGCAAAUGGGUAUGCCCUGAGCAUAACUGAAAUCUGCCACCUCGUAAAUUUUGUGAGAUCAUACAUAAUUUUGGGUACAAUUAAUAUGAUAAAAAUGGUGUAAAAUUUUAGCAUACCGAAAUUGCAUUCUCUAGUAUUGCUGGAUCAGGAAGUAAACAAAAUUACAAAUAAGAUUAAGAUGCUUCGUCGCUGCCCUCAAAUUAUAAAGACAUAAAAUACAGUUAAAAAGAAAACUAUGCGAACAUAAAUAAUGAAACAAAAACUCAUAAUCAUAGUCGUAAAUGUAAUAUUACAAUAUAUUGCUAAUAAGAUGUAUUACUAUUACUGAUUUAAUAAUCAACUUGGUUUAUAUGAAUGCGGUCUUUAGAAUGAAUGUUUGUGUUUUUAACUAGACCCCUAUUAUUAGCGUUUUUGUAAAGCAGAUAACCCCUUUCAGAAAUAACUGAUAAGAGUGGUUACCUACUACCAAUAUGUAAUAUCAAACAUUAUGAUACUAAUAUGAGUUUCGUAAUGAGAUACUUUACCGCACUAGUGGAAUGAACUCAUGAAUAAAAAAUUAAACCUCAUUUAUUAUAAUAAUUAAACACAACACCUAUACAAUUAGUGAUGUUUAAUCCAGCUGACGUGGAGGCAAUAGAAGAAUGGUAGUUUUCAAUUUCAAUUGAAUUUUUUGUAGAAACUUUUUCUCCCAUUAUUUUAGUAGUUGUUAUAUAUUUUUUUGUUUUCUAAGGAUGUUUCUACAUAUCCUUUAGCGACGCUACUGGAUUUCCAUCCACCAUGUCUCUUCAAAACGUGCAUAUCAACACGAGCAUCAGUAAGUAGGGAUGCUGAUGAUCUUCUAAAACAGUGACCUGUAUAUUGUAAUGGAUUUGGUAGCUCCAGAAACGUUGCUAUUUCUUUUGGAAUGCGCCCAAAAGUAUUGAUACCAAUUGGUCGAGAAAAACAUUUUCCAUUUUUAUAUAAAAUAAAAAACCGGUCAUGGACUAUAUUUUGAGGUCGAAGUCGAAUAUAUUUUCGGACGUUAUUCAAGCAGUCAAAACCACCUAACUUAACCAUGUUUCAUCUAGUAAUAGCAAAUUCUCUUUGAAUUUUAGUUUUAGUAUUCGGUAUUUUGAUCGUUAUGCACGUUACUUCGUCAACUACAUCACCAAUUUUUAACUUCAUCAAUUCUUCUCUUCGGCAGGCGCCAAACACACCCACGAUUAAGGAAACCUAUAAAAAUAAUAUUUAUGUAUAAUUAUACCUUCAUCAUUAAGAAUUGAUCAUCAUUGACUUCUUUCAAAAAUCUGUCUAUAUUUUCCUUUCAAAAUAUACUGGAUUUUUUCGGCUUGUGACCUUCACUUUUCCGCUUCAAAAAAGUCAAUAGCUGUGAAUAUUUACUUAUGUCCACAUUUUUCUUCACAGAUAUCAUUUUUCUCAGCAUACUAUAAUGUGUCCAUAAUGAUGAUGCCUUUUCUUUUUCAGCUUUCCCAGCAAAAUAAGCUAAUAAAAUUUUCUCCGAUAUGUCACGGACUUUUUUUGAACUGCACCAGUCUUCGAAUCGCUUAUAUUCUUUUUCGUAUCUAUUGCGAGAUUUAGCGGGUACUAGGGUUUGUAUUGCGUUAUUUGCAGCAAGUUCUAUAUCUGCAUCCACACUUUCAUAGUCGGAACUCAUGUCCAUACAAUUAUACCAAACGCGUCAAAAUUGACAGUUCUUAAAAUAAAUCAACAAUGAGCCCAACGCUUGCUUGUUAUCAUUAAUUUCAGGAAUAUUGACUAAUUUUGAGUAAAUAAUUAACAUUAUUGGUAGUAGGUAAAAUAAUGUACUAUAUUCGUAUCAUAAAUUCAUAUUACGAUAUUCAAUGGGUUAUCGUUUGACAAAUUUCCCAUCUCAUUUCGUAAUAUGAAUCUUUACGACACUUAUAUCUAUUAUAUCUAUUAUUAUUAGUCUUCUAGCCCUUGCCUUAUUCGCGAUUUUAUAUUGGCAAAUAAACAAAAGCUUAAGUUAAUUAGAAAGUUAUUAAACGCUCUACUAUGAAACUUUUUAUAGCAGCCUGUGCACUAUAAUUAGCAGUUGACGUUUUUGUUUUCUUCAUAUUGUUUAAUAAACCUAAUAAAACUCCAUUGGUAUAAAUCAGAUUGCGGCUCUUGUUAGUUCUAUUGGCUUUUAAUAUUUACUUUCUUUUUAGACUUGCAUUCUUAAUUUCUUCUUUGCUAAGUUGUGAUAAUAUUAUAUUUUGGGUGUUUCUUUCUGAAUUAAUAAUCAUUAUCUUUAUAUUCUCUAUAUUUAUUUCAAUAUUUAAUUUUUUGAGCUUUGAAUAUACUUCAAGAUUUCGUUGCUAUUUUAAGAUAAAUCCAUUAUUUUUAUUGAAUCAAUUUUUUUAAAGCCCACUUCCAAUAACGGGUUCGGUAUACACACUUGACACAUUUUUCAUGUUACGUGUUUUAUGUACCCUAAUUUUACUCCUAAUUAUGUUUCGAGUAUAUAUAUAUAUAUAUA